CUGCUAAGUAAGACCACUAUUGGAUAGAGCUUAAACAGGUUGUGAAAAAAUUAGUUAGGGAUGACAGAAACUGUUGUCGGUUUUCUGUUGGAGAACAUGCUGCAACUGAUAAAUUCUAAUGACAAAUUGAUUCUCAAGGCUUAUUAGGAAAAAGUCAUUGAGAGGGAACAAAUCCAAUCGCUUUAUGAGGAUAUGCAAUUCCUACAAAAGUUUUUGAAGGAUUCGGAGGACAAACGAGAUGAGCAUAAAGAGCUGAAGAGCCUGGUGGAGAAGAUUAGAGAAGUCAGUUACAGGGCAGAAGAUAUUAUUGAUUGGUUCGUACUCAAUGUUGCCUUGCAGAGAGAUGGAAACAUUACUGAUGAUAUCCCUCUCUACUUGAGUUUUUCCGAAAGUAUUGUUCACCUGGCUCGGGAGAUUUCUGACCGUCUUAAACCUUCAAUGACCGAUAUUGCUUCUAUCAAGGAAUGCAAUAGAGAGAUGAUGGGUAUUCUCUCGUGGCUUGAGUCUCGCAUGGCUGACAAAAUUCAUCUAUAUCUCUAUGGUGAUGCAGUAGAAGAGAUAGAGUUUAUGAUGUCCAUCAUCAAAGAGGUGAUCGAGAUUCAUGAGAAGGGCUCUAGUCUCAGAUGGUUUGAGCUGUCUCGCAAAGUUGAUUGCCUCAAUGGUUUGUACUAUAAGGUGCGUUUCCAGGCUGAGAUGCUUUACCGGGCUGAGAUAAUUCGUAAUAAUUGCUCUGACCGUGCCAGAGAAGAUUCCAAUCCUAAAGAGGCACAAGUGACGGAUUUUUGGAAGGGAUUGAGGCUCACGAUUUUCUUAUCUAGAGACUAUUAUCUCCUCUUUAGGAGGCUCGAAGAGAUGGUCAGCAUGGCUAAGAAAAUUUGUCGUGCAUUACCCGGUGUCACAAAAGAGAUAAUGCUUAUCAAGACUAAGGUGACAAAGAUCUAUGAGAGGAGAUCAAGUGACAAAUGGCUUAAUUCUCUCGUGACUAAUGAAUUCUGUCAUUUCCUUAGUUUGUCCGAAGAGAUGCUUGAACUUGCAAAGAAAAAUUUUCAUAGCUUCGAUGGUGUCAUAGAAGAGAUUAAGCCCAUCAUGAUAGAGGUCAUGAAUAUCAACCAGAAGGGAUUGAGACUCUCAUGGCUUGAGUCUCCUAUAGCUGAUCAAUUCCGUCAAGGGUUUGCUAUUAUCAGAAAAGAGAUUGAAUCCACUAAGAUAGAGGUGAUGCAGAUUUAUAAGGAGAUGUAUGGCAUUGGAUUUUCGCAAGUUCGGAAGUCUUCACAUGGAGCUUUGUCAAAACCCGCUAGCUCCAUAGUCAAGGAAGAAAUCAUAGUGGGCUUUGAUGAUGAAACAACAAAGAUCAAACAGCUGCUUAUUGAAGAGCAUCAAAAGCAGCUAAAAGUUAUUCCAAUCAUUGGGAUGCCUGGACUUGGUAAGACUACUUUGGCAAUGCAAGUGUACAACGAUGACUACAUUGAGUAUCACUUUCAUAUUCGUGCAUGGACCUAUGUAUCCCAAGUGUACCAGAGGAGAGAUUUGCUGAUUAAAAUUUUGAGUUCUGCACAUAUCCAGCUUAAAGGUAAAUUUGACGGAAUGAGCGAUCAACAAUUAGGUGAAGGACUAUACAAAAGUUUAAAAGAUAAGAAAUAUCUCAUUGUUAUAGACGAUAUAUGGGAGUUCAGGGCCUGGGAUGAUUUGAAAAGAUAUUUUCCAGAUGACAAGAUCGGAAGCAGAAUUAUAUUUACUAGUCGACAUGCAGCUGUAGCUAUGGCUAUGCAAGUUGAACCUCAUUAUUUGCGGUUUCUAAAUCCUGAUGAAAGUUGGGAUCUAUUGCAUCAAAAGGCAUUUCGAGGAGGAAGUUACCCUGAAGAGUUGGAGGAAGUCGGAAAGCAAAUUGCCAAAAAAUGUCAAGGACUACCACUUGCAAUUCUUGUAAUAGCUGGACUUCUCGCAAAGAAAGAAAAAGUAUUGGAGGCAUGUUGCUUAAAAUAUAAGUUCAUACAUCGUUACUCACCCGGAGAAAUACAUGGACACAUUAGCGUUAAGUUAUGAUCACUUGCCUCGUCACUUGAAACCAUGCUUUCUCUAUUUUGGAGCAUUCCUUGAAGACUCUGAAAUUUCAGUUUGGGAGUUGAUUUGAUUAUGGAUUGCUGAGGGAUUUAUACCGCAAAAUCAGGCAAAAAGUUUAGAGGAAGUGGCGGAGGAUUUCAUGAUGGAUCUAAUUGAUAGAAGUUUAGUGAUUGUUUCUAAAAAAACUCUAAUGGUGGAAUCAAAGCAUGUCGUGUCAAUGAUCUUUUGCAUGACUUAUGCUUUAGAAAAGCAGAGGAAGAAAAUUUUUUAGCCAUAUUUCAAGGUAAGGACCCAAAUGUGUCUUCUACUGGAAAAAUGUCACGUCGCAUUUGCAUCCAUCCGCAUUUUCAAUAAUUAGCUUCUUGGUCUCACCACAAAGUUGAAACAUGUGUUAAUUCAAAUCAUGCUAUUGAGAUCCGCUCUUUCUCCUCAACUUUGAAGUUAUCUGAGUCUUUUGUGUCAUCAUUAUGUGGAGCCUUCAAACUUCUGAGGGUGUUGAACAUAUCAUUCAUCAAAAUUUUCUCAUUUCCCGAGGAACUACAAAUGCUAGUUGUUACAAGGGGAGACUUGUCCCACAUCGGAUCCGGAUGGGAAGUAACAUGGGUAUAAUAUGCAGCACUACCCAACAGUUCGAGUUUUUGGGUAAAUGGGCAAGUACCCACCCGUUACAGUUGGUAUUAGAGCCAGACCUUGUCCUUGAUCUGGUGCCACGCCAAGCGCCUGGCCCGGAAGGCGUCCGGGUGAGCCACCCAGGGUAGGCAGGGUGGCCCGACCGCAAUGAGGGCGUUGCGAGUUCAGGUGGGGGAGAAUGUUACAAGGGGAGACUUGUCCCACAUUAGAUCCGGAUGGGAAAUAACAUGGGUAUAAAUGGGUGGGUAUGCGAAUGUUACAAGGGGAGACUUGUCCCACAUCAGAUCCGGAUGAGAAGUAACAUGGGUAUAAAUGGGUGGGUAUGCAGCACUACCCGACAGUUUGAGCUUUUGGGUAAAUGGGCAAGUGCCCACCCGUUACACUAGUCCACUUGAGAUAUUUAUCGUUUCAUGUUGAGGGCGAGGAGCAAUAUUUCCGACCAUUGAUUUCCAACCUCAGCAAGCUAGAAACAUUUAUUGUUGAAGGAGAACCAACAGGUUGGUUAUCUUUUUCAUAUGAUAUCUGGAGGAUGGUGAAGUUGAGGCAUCUACAUACAAAGCGGUCUAUUGAAAUCCCUCAUGUACCCGAUAAUGACCAUCACUUUGUAUUGGAUAACUUACAAACCAUAGGUAAAUUAGAUCUUUGUGGUCUUGAUGAACAAGUCUUGUGAUGGAUUCCAAAUCUCAAAAAACUAACAUGUUCUUUUAU